UCACCAAUUGUUUAAACAAAUAAACAUCUAAAUAAUAAUUAAAUUUCAUUGUUUAUUAUAUUUAUAAAUAAAAUUGAUUAUCAAAAAGAACAUCAACAUGAGUGAAAAAGAAUUGUCUCUUGAAAAAAAAGUGAACUUUGACAACAUCAUCAAUGAAUCAUCAGAAACAUCAACUGCUUUGAUUAACAACCUUCCUUCUGAAUGUCUUGCAGGAAUAUUUAUGUGUCUUGGCAUAUUUGAUAGAAUUGAAAUUAGAAAAAAUCAUACACAAGCUCUUGACGUAGUUUCUCUAAAAUUUGGUAUUCCAUAUUUCGAGUAUGGAUAUAUACCAACUCAAUUUUUAGAUGAACCAAUGUAUGCAUGUGUCGAGGCUGAAUUAGAAGAUGGUGAAUCUCUCGGGUACUGGAUUGAUUAUGCAGAGCAUUCUGUGCUAAAUCUAAGCUAUGAAACAUUGCGAUUAUUAUGGACGAAAACAUACCUCGAUAGUGGUGUUGAUGAGGCAUGUUUUUCUAUUCCAAAACCACAGCAACGAUUUACAAUGUACUUGAAUGCAACAACAAAUUCAAUCGGCGAAUUAAGAAACAAUAGAACUUCCGAUGUAUUUCAUGGAAUAUAUAUUGGAGAUUUAAGAGACUUUUUCACAAGUGAAAACCAUGAACAAAUUUGGCCUGAUCCAAAUCGAGUGCCAGGAUAUCUUCAGAGUGAUUAUCAAUGCAGUGACGUAUAUACUAUUGCUGCAAAUGAUACAGUUACGAUUCGUUAUAACAUCGAUUAUAGGCGUCAUUAUAUUCACAAACUCACAGUACAAGAAGAUACUGACUUAUAUCCACUUUCUAAUUGGGAACCAUUUAGUCCAGACUAUAUCAUUAAUGAAGAAUUAACUAAGGAUGGACCAUCACUUGCCACAUUUCAAGCUUCGAAAGAUUUAAAAAUACGAAUUUUUUAUUAUACUUUCGCCAGUGAAUAUAUUCAUGAACCUGUAACGUUCAAUUUUCAAUUUACAGUUAGUACCCACCGUAUUGAUGAUGGAUUAACAAGUCCUGAAACUAUUAUUGAACCAGUUUCAGGUCGUUUGUCAACUUCAAUUCUUUGUCCACGUCCAUAAAUUAAAUAUUAUUUUAUCAGUGUCGAAUAUAAAAUAACGAUUAUACUUAAAAAUAUUAAUUUAAACAUUUAUUUUCAUCUGAAUAAAAAACAACAGUUGGUCUUUGAA